AUGUCACCAGCAGCAGUCACCAUAGACACAACCCCAGACCUGGGUCUGGCCGCGCCCUCGGCCGCCCCCAAUGGCAUCGCCAGCCACAGGACUCUGCUGCUCGCCACACCGGCGCUGGCGUCGCAGCAGAGCGUCAUGGCCGACACGCUGGCCGCGGUCCAGCGCGGCGACGCCACACCCGCCUCCCCCACCUCCUCCAAGCCGGAGCUCUAUAUGCUGGACCGCCUGGCCGCCGGCCUCGUGACGCUCGCGCCCGCGUCCUACGACCUGGUCCUCGUCCUGGAGGCCAUCCUAGCCGGGCUCGUCGAGGCCGCGGACGGGAGCGGGGGGUUCGCCAAGCCCGGGUUCGGGGAGGGCGCCGCCGUGCCGCUGCGGUUCGGGAAGAACAAGAAUAAGAGCAAGACGAAUGGUGACGUAACAGCGGCGGCGGCGGCCCCGACAGCCAAUGGCGGUGCCGGUGGGCCGGUGCAGACCCCGGUCACGGCGGCGUCAGCACCGGCACUAGCCCCACCUGCGGCGGCCAAGUCCCUGCCGAGCGGCGUGGUGAUGGUCGACCUCGACGACGACGGCUUUGAUGUUUCGGACGACGACGACGUCAUUGAUGAGGAUGACCUGAUGAACGAGGAGGACCUGAUGAGGCCAAUCCAGCAGCCACCCGAGUGCGCACCCAAGCCGGGCAAGAAGCGGCGCGCGUGCAAGGACUGUACGUGUGGGCUCGCGGAGCGGCUGGAGGCCAAGGACAAGGCCAGGCGGGACAAGGCGGACGCGCAGCUCAAGACGAUCAAGCUCGCGUCCGAGGACCUAGCAGAGCUCGACUUCACCGUCCAGGGCAAGACGGGCUCGUGCAACAGCUGCUCGCUCGGCGACGCCUUCCGCUGCGCCGACUGCCCCUACAUCGGCCUGCCGCCCUUCAAGCCGGGCGAGGAGGUCACCAUCCUGAACAACGUCGCGCAGCUUUGAGGAGGGCGCGAGUGGGUCUCUGGUUUUCUUUGGAGCAUAAGGGGUAUUCUGGCCUUGCCGCGAACAUUUACAGAGCGGCGUGAUUUCUUUACAAUUACAUCCUCGGCACACGGUUUUGUUUCGGUGAUAUUUGUCGUCGUUGUUCGAGAACUCGUUUUCCUAUACCCUUCAAGGCAAUGCCUUUAGAUGGGCUUAAAGUCGAAUGGCAAUAGCCAGCGGCGAGACAUGAAGAUGAACCAUUGGGCUAGAAAUGUAUCUUUCCUCUACAUUUGAGAUAUUCGAAACACUGUUGUCGGGGCACCAUACCACGUUGAGAUACGAUGACUCUUCCCGUAGCGUCUGUCACCCUGGGCUAGGUAGUAACAUGACGGCCAAGCAGCUCCA